UUUUUAUAGGUUAUUUCGUUAAUGAUUGUAAUAUAAAAAAUUGAUAUAUAUAUAUAUAUAUAAUUAUAACAUAAAUUGUAUUAUUUUUAUUAUCCUUUAGAUUGAAAAUAUGUAACAUAAUAAAAUAACUAUAUAAUUGCACUUCUUUUAAAAUGACGGUAGUACUUGGUGGUGGUAUAUCAGGCUUAUCAGCCGCAUAUUAUGCACUAAAUAAUCCUAAAAUUGGUCCAAUAACAGUGCUAGAAGCAUCUAAUCGUUUAGGUGGAUGGAUAAGAAGUUAUGAAUUAUCAAAUGGAAUAAUAUUUGAAAAAGGACCAAGAACUAUAAGAUGUUUAGGAUCAGCUGGAAAAAAUACAUUAAAUUUAUUAGAGGAUUUGCAAUUAACUAAUAAACUUAUUCCUAUUAAAUCAGAUCAUCCUAGUGCUAAGAAUAGAAUGAUUUAUUCGCGUAAUAAAUUACAUUUAUUACCAAAUUCUUUCCUUAGUAUAUUUAAAACUAAUUCUUUAUUAAAUCGUUCUUUAGCAAGUUUUCUUAUAAAAGAUUUGAUAGCACCAAUGGUACGUAAGGAUGAUGAAAGUAUACAUAGUUUUAUUACAAGAAGAAUAGGAAAAGAUAUUGCCGAUUAUCUUGUUAGUCCUAUGAUUUGCGGAAUUUGUGCUGGCGAUGCACAAAAGAUAAGUGUAAACUUUCUAAUGAAAUCUUUGUUUGAAGCAGAACAAAAACAUGGAUCUAUAAUAAAAGGAUUAUUCAAAGAAUUAUUUAAAAAGCAAGAUGUUAAUAAUAUGACAGAAUAUAAAUCGAACUUAGUUAAAAAAGCUGACGCAGAAAAAUGGGUAGUAUGGGGUUUAAAAGGAGGACUCGAAGAAUUACCACGUUCCUUAGGAAAUAAUUUACAAACUCAAGGUGUUGAUAUACAAUUAAAUAGCCACUGUGAAAAACUCUUUUUUCAAUCCGAUCAUGUUGAAUUAACUAUUAAUGGAAAGGCAAAAAAAUAUUCUCACGUUAUCUCAAGUCUACCAGCAAAAAUUCUGGCAAAAUUGUUGGAAGAACAAUAUCCUGAUUUAGCAGAACAAUUAAAAGCAAUACCUAUGGUUACAGUGGCAGUAGUCAAUCUACAAUUUGCCGAUAAUGUCUUGCCUAUCAAUGCUUUUGGUUUUCUUGUUCCACCAGGAGAAAAUCUUCCAAUUCUUGGCGUGAUCUUUGAUUCGUGUAUUUUUCCUAAAAACUCUUCGACGGUACUAACAGUAAUGAUGGGUGGUGCAUGGUUUGAAAAAUACUUUGGCAAAGAUCCAUCAGAUGAAGAUUUGUUGAAUAUAGCAAUUAAACAAGUUAAAGAAAUCCUGAAUAUUAAAAAAGAGCCCAUAGCCUUUAAUGUGGCCAUUCUGAAAGACUGUAUUCCCCAACAUGUAGUGGGUCACGCACAACGUUUAAAUCAUAUCCAUGAUUAUAUUUCUUCACGUAGAAUCCCUCUAGCAUUGUGUGGUUCUUCUUACCAAGGUGUGGGAAUCAAUGACGUUAUUCUGUCAGCAAAAGAAGCUGUUUCUAAGAUUGUGAAACAUUCAAAUGAACUAAAAAACUGAAAUAACUACAACAAUUUUGUACAAUAUUUUGUAGCCACUAAUCACGAUAUUAUUAAUGUUAUAGAAAAAACAAAACUUGAUAUAUAAAAAAACAUGCAUUAUUUUG